UCGGUCUGACCAGCGUAGCAGAGAGACAAGGUGUCGUCGAACGGUACAUACAAUAUGCAUCGCGCGUUCGUGUCCGCGUGAGUGUGUACGUGAGAGUACUGUUCUCCCUCUCUGUCCGUGGGUUAUAGUAGCGACCGAGCAGACCUCGUCGCCACCGCCGCCGCUAGCACAGCGGGGUUACACGAUGCGGCAACGUCCGCAAGCAUAGCUUCAAGAGAGCAGGGCGCUAGUCGUUCUGCUGCUCUCGUCGGCUCCGCCGCCGUACAGCGCGUUUUGUGUGCGCCCGUUGAACGCUGCUGCUGCUCAUGUUUCAGUCAGCCAACACGGGAGAGAGACAAGAAGUUCUCGCCGCCGCUGCUGCUGCUGCUGUCGCCGAACGCUAGCCCGUGCGCGACAGACAGAGCGCAAGAUCUCUCUUCGACUCUGCGUCCUCGUCAAAGGCGGCGCCCGUUCAUUCGCUGAGUGAGCGUGAGCCAGAGCAGAGGCAAGCUGCUAUACGGCUCUGCAAAUACACGCGCGUGCGAUACAAGAGAGCCAGCCAAGAGAGCAAAGGAAGCAAAAGUGACCGUGCCUGUGUGUGCGUGCUGUGCUAGUGUGUGCAUACAUACGUGUGUGAACAAGAGAGAGAGAGAGAGAGAGAGAGAGAGAGAGAGAGUAGAGAGUACUACGCAUCCUCUGCGUGUGCGCGCGUCCGCCAUUCCGACAAACAACACACCAAAUCUCGGAAGGCUGCCUUGGCUUUGCUGUCGCUGUCCGCCUCCGCUGUGCCACUGCUUCUUGUGGCACGUCACUUAGGCUUCCUUUUCGUGGGCAACGCCGCUUCGAACACCACGUCUCCAUCACUGCGGACAAAGGAGUUGGAUGCUGGUUCGCCCGGUCGGUCGGCGGCUCAAUUAGUGCGUGUUCAAGUGCGAGAGCGAAGUGUCAGCUGAUUGCUCGGGCUCGUGCCCGAGCGGAUCACCUCUGAGAAGGCCGUCGCGAACAGGCGGCUAGAUAGCAGUGCGCGCGCUGUGACCGCGAGUGUCGGGUGAGCUGGUCUAGUCCCCGAGCUUCGUAAAAAUUGUGUACAACGUCGUGUACAAGAGCAAGAGGCGCGAGGAGGAGGAGGCGGCGUCGACGGCCGCCUGCGGCACGGUGAAUCGCGCGACGACCCUCGGCAGCCUGCACUUCCAGCAGCACCUCGCCGCCAGCCAGCAGCCGCCGGCGAGCAUCGUCGACUACUCCGCGAGCGCGUUCCACGGCGGCGCCAGCACCCCCGGCGGCGGCAACGGGCCCAGCGAUGCCGCGACGGCGACGCCGUCCGCAGCAGCGCUCCUCAGCAGCAGCAGCAGCAGCGCCGCAGCCUCCUCGCAGGCAGCUGCACUGAGGUACUACCCCGCCGCCGCGCCGCCGCCCCCGCAGCCGCUGCCGGGCUCGCCGCCGGGGCCAGCGGCCACCUGCUCGGGCGCCAGCGGCCCCCGCCAGCCCCCGGCCGCCCCCGCGAGCCGCGGCAUGGAGAGCGCGAUGGAGGCGAAGCAGCGCAGCCAGCGCAACCGGCGCCGCGAGAGGGCCCAGCGCAUGCAGCGCGAGCCCAAGCCGCGGCCGGCCAACCCGCACGCCGAGGACAGCGCCGAGGACGACGAGGUCGUGCCGGCCGCCGGCCUCAAGGGCGCCAAGGAGCCGGGCGCCGCGGCCCACGCCGCCGCCGGCCACCAGCGCCCGCCGAGGCCGCCGCGGCCGCCCCGGCCGCGCAAGAAGAGCGCGCUCGCCGCCGCCGCGGCCGCCAACAGCCAGGGCAAGGAGCCCAAGGAGCCCAUCUUCGAGGAGGACAUCAUCGACGGCUUCGCCAUACUCGCCUUCCGCAGCUACGAGGAGCUCGAGAGUGCAAUAAAGCUAGCCGGCAAGAAUAACUUCAAGAAGCUGCACUCGCUGUUGUCGCUGGACGAGAAGCCGAAGCUCGACACGGGACAGAACAACCGGCAUCACAACGACCACCACCACAUCAAAAAUCACUACAAGCACAACAGUUACAACACGCAUAAUUCCGUACUCACGCCGGCGACGCUCAAUCAGGGCCUGGAUGCGGGCACGAGCGACGACAGUGGAAGAGCUUCCGAGCAAUUGCACGGCUCCGGUAUCCCCAGGGAUUGCCAGGACGCCGACAGUUCCAGGGACCAUCUCAGCGAUGCUAGCAGUCAUUGCAGUUCGGGUAAAGGUUAUAUCUGUGAUAGUGAAGGAGAAGACGAUAAGAACUCGGAUGCGGAAUCGAUACUCUCGUCGAGUCCACCACCCCUUGCACGUAAAUACGAGUUGCCAUCUUCUUCACCGCACGUGUUGCCUCCGGCGAACGGGGCGGGCGGCUCGCCACCGGACACCGGCGGACAAAUCUCCAACCCGGCCACCGAUGCCCCGGCCCCCAUUCCUCCGCCUGUGCCUGCGAGCGCCCCCGUACCCACGGCGCCCAGUCCCCCUAGCCCCACCUUACCGCCCCACAUAUCCCAACCACCCAUGACUAGUCCGCUAGCAGCGAAUCCACGUGCAAUAGCGCCACAGCAGCGGCCCGUAUCUCCGGGCCUGCCAGCUGGGCCGCCUCACCCCCAGCAGCUGCAGCCAGGUGGCCUUCAUCCACCGCCGAGCAUACCUUUGGUACAUACCUCGGCGUCGCAACACACGACCACCUCGCCGGCUGUAGCCAGUCUCGGCGUUUCGCCGGCUGCGCCCUCGAAUGGCGCCGCCACCACCACUUACCCAGCGUCACUACCGAUGGCUGCUUAUCCGCAAACUCAGCCGUCCUAUCCGCUCUACACACCUUACGCGCCCAUGAAUCACAGUCCGUACCUGCCGACCGCGGUGCCAUCGCCCUCGCACUCGGCUGCCUCGAGGACCGAUAUCCGAAGCAGUAGAGCAUCACCUUGCACGAACCUAAGCAAGCCAGUGGUGCCGAGCAAUCACACGGGAAGCGUGAGCAGUACAGCGUUGAAUGCGGUAACGACGAGCGGAGUGUCAUCGGUAACGAACACAGUCACUACCGCCAACUCGAUCACGCACAGGGAUAUCGUGGUAAGCAGUCUGGCCGUCAGGAACACUAACAACUCGCCAAGGGGCCACAGUCCGACUAGGGAGCGUGAGAGCUACAGCAGUAACGUGAGUAGUCUCAGUAGGAGCAGCAUAACACCGGUUAGCGUGCCGAACACUUCCUCCCCGGCUAAUUCUAGUCUACCUGCGUAUUCUAAGGCUCCAGGGUGGAUAAGUAGCAAUGCGCCGUCGUCAAUGUCGCCAGCAACGGCAACGUCGGUGCCACGACCAACGCCGCCUCCGGUACCGCUGGGUCUGCACACGUUUGCGCCACCAAUACCACCUUUUGCGGCGCCUUUACCACCACCUGUUUCCAGUGCGAGUCCGCAUACUUCCUUGUCGUCGCUUCCGCCGCCUACGUCUAAUCCUAAUCCAUUCUCUGCGGAAUCGUUGUUUCAAACUAAAUCAAAAAUAGGCGUAAGCCAUGUGCCCGGCCAAACGGAUAUGCUGCGUCGUGAGCUGGACAAUCGGUUUUUAGCCUCGCAAGACAGUAGGAACGUCGCUGCAAACCUCGCUCUACCACCCUACCACAGGACGGAAAUGCACCAUCAUCAGCAUCAGCAUACGCACGUUCAUCAGCACACUACACCGAUUCUGCCGCCGCCUGCAGCAUCGACGCUGUUUCCACCGCCGAUCCAAUUCAAGGACAUUCCAAAGCUGGGUGGAGUGGACUCCCCAUUUUUUCGGGGGAAUCUCAAUCUCGGCAAUUACUCAAGUUUCAAUGCAAGCCUAUUGCAUCCUGGCAUACCUCCGCCUUCUACGCCUUUCGCGCCUCCGACUCAUGUGUCGUCCUAUCCACCAACGGUAACGCAUCACUUCAAAAAACCCGGCAAGUGGAAUACGAUGCACGUACGGAUAGCCUGGGAGAUUUACCAUCAUCAGCAAAAGACGGAAGCGAAAUCUGGAAUGCCCGCAAAGACGGAUCUGCUAAGGCCGCCGGUUCAUUUGUUUGGCACAGCCGGACCAGCAGGUCUCGGUUUAUCCGGACCGCCUUUAGCUCCUCCGUUCUCUACGGCGUUAUCGUCGCAUCCUCCUGGAGCUCCAGUGUCACACACAGUUGGGUUCCUAUCGACACCUGCUUCACAUUUAGCUCCAGGAAUGUCGCCCUUUGGUAGAUAUCCACCAACUUUCGCAACUGCAAAUCCGAAUUUUCCUCCUAUGGCUGGUUUUCCUCCAACCAGAGAAAUGCCUCCAGGUCUAGCAGGAAUGAGCGCAGUCCACGAUCCUUGGAGAGGAUUACAGCGACCCCCGACAGCGUAUCCACCGACGUCGACAGCCUGGGGCUUGAAGCCGGAGCCACCACCUAUCGACACAAGGCGAGCAGAGCUCGAGGAGCGUGAACGUGAGCGCGAACGGGAACGCGAGCGAGAAAGGGAACGCGAGCGGGAACGUGAACGUGAGCGUGAAAAAGAACGUGAACGCGAGAGAGAACGCGAACGUGAGCGUGAACGAGAACGAAUAAGAAGGGAGCGAGAACGUGAAAAGGAAGAGAAACGAAAACAGCAAGAAGCUGAAAGAGAGCGCGAACGUCGAGAGAAGGAACGAAGGGAACAUGAGAGGCGCGAGCUUGAACGAGAAAGGAUGAUACAGCUACAACAACAACAACAACAACAACAACAACAACAACAACAACAACAACAACAGCAACAACAAAGUCGGCAACACAUGGUUGUGGGCAGAGAAAGGUCGCCGCUUAGAAAUGGAGGCAAUCCAAUGGAUCCUACGCCUAUGGUCAGGGUAAAAGAAGAGCCAAGAAGUAAAGACGACGACGUCGUUAUGCUCUCGAGGGCACCUCCACCUGGUUCACAGCCUCCGCCUAAUGCGUUAUCAGAUCCUAGAGAGAAAUUCGAUGCUCUACGCAACGAUCGUGCUUUGGAGCAACAAAACAAAAUGUUAGAUACAGAAAAGUGGAUAAGGUACCACGCGCAUCCACACGCUUACCUAGCGAGCCGGCAUCCGGCACACGCAGCACCUCCGCCGCCUUCGAUGACCCGAGCGAUGGCCGGCCUACCGCCUCUCACGCAUCCAAUGCAGCACUUUGCUCCACCACCGCAUACGACUCCAGGACAAAUGCCACCGACGGGUCCUUCGAUGUGGCCAUCGCCGGAUCCAUUCCGCGAUCCGUAUAGGUUCGACCCAUUGGUCGCCUCAUCGAUACGCUAUAAUAAUCUGAUGGCCGCCGCUGCCUACGACGAGGAGCGAGCAAAACUCUAUGCCUCGGGUUACGCAGUGCCACAGCCACCGCCCGCUGCAGUCAGCUCGUUGAGAGCUAAAGACCCAAGUCCUGGACCGUUGAGCAAUCUCCACAUACAUCACAGGGCGGGUCCGGGUCCGGGUGGACCGCCACCGCCUCCCAGUGCUGCUACUGGACAGCCGCAAGUCAGGCAACUUGAGAGCAUGGUGCACAACGCCGUGGACCUGCACAAAAAGGAUGACUCUGCGCAGUCGCGAUGAUUGCGAGCGCACACCUGUACAUAGACCACUAGCACGUAUGCGAACGUAUUUAUAAAAAUAAACGUCGCGUCUCGCUGCUCGCGACAAGUGAUUAGCUACUACGUGUUACGGACGAGGCUCUUGGUUCCAUGCUCGUUGUACCGAAUCAGUCGCAUUCGACGUUAUUUGCAUUCUCUUUCCUUCACGAGUUGCUGUUGAUUAUACCAGAUCCACUAACGAGGUACCGUCGCUUUUUCGUUUUAGUGCAUCGUUGGUUUUUAAAGAUGGCUAUUUAUCUGAGAUUAGUGAUAUUUUUUUUCCAAACUUCAAUGAUACUGCAUUUUAUUUUACUAUCAGGUGCAGCAUGUUAAGAAUACAAAUUAAUUUUUAACGAAUGAUCGUCUGUUGACUUGGUUUUAAACUAAAGAGCCGACAAAGAAUGUUAUGUUUUUUAUUGUAGUAGAAAAAGUAUAUAUAUUUUUUUUUGAAAGCAGACUUCAUGGCUACGUGAUAAUUUUGAUUUCAUGCCUAAUUAAUUUUUUAUUAUUGAUUGCUAUUGUAUCACAAGGCUGUUCGAAACAAACUGAAUGAAAUGCUUUGGACUGACAUUAAAAUGGAAGCUCUUUUUCACACACAAUUAACUUUAAGACAAACUUUGACAAUUUGACUAAAAUAUUUAAGACAAAUAUUUGAUAAUGUUUAUGUUCUUUGUGAUUUAUGCUAAUUUGCCAUGAAAUUUUCCUUUAUUUGAAUAAAUUUUAUUCCUCCGAGCCUUAUAAUCUUACGUUUAAAAUGUAUUUAUCUCAAAGCAAUAAAUAGGUAAUAUUUAUAUCUAUUUAUAACAAAAAAGUGAUACGUUAGCUUUACUUUCAGUUGUAAAAAGUAAAAAAAAAGCUAAAUAAUAAUAAAAAUUUAGUGUUAAAAAUAAACUUUUCUUUUUUUUGUGUUGAUUAAUUUACCUUUUGUUCAAGACUAAACAAUCGAAUGCGACUCGCUCGAUACAACUAUUUAAUUUUGUUUUUAUACAGAAUUGGCAAUUGAUUCAAUAAUCAACGAAUUGAUAACUCAUUUUGUUAUAAAUAAUCGAUUUAAAGGCAAUCGUUGACUCGUUGCUGCUUGUGAUUCUUAGGACGUUUUCGUCACUGAUUUCGAAUUCAAUUGAUUAGAAAAAUUUUAUCAAGUUCGAAAUGACGGCAAUCUAACUAUGAAUGAUAUUUCUUGUCUUUCGAAAUCAAUGAUCGAAUAAUAGGAGUUCGUGCUUUUGACUUUUGAUGAGUCGUCUCUCGUAAAACAAAGCCAAUUCCGAAACGCUACAAUCGUAGGAGCGAACAUACAAAUGAAUAUAAAAAAGGAAUGAAAAUGUAGAAAAAAAGACUCGAAUAUUUUAAAUGUAUGACGUGAAAGAGUGAUGAAUCAAGUGUACUCGGAGUGAUUGUAUGGUUUUUAGAAAAAUUAUUAGAUUAGUAUGUAAGGAAAAAAGUGCAACAUGAUGCUCCGCGCAAGAUACUUUGUCUGUCUAUAGCGAUUAUAAACAUUAUUAGUAAACGAUGAUAACUAAUUGCGUAAAGUUAUAAAUAUCGUGUGUAAUAUUAAUUAAUUACAACUAGAGGUGAAAAAACACAAGCGAUGGAUAGGAGGAAACAAGAAUGUAGGAUGUAACAUUGACAGGUGCAACAAAGAAAAGACAUUUUCGUAAUCGAGAGAAAACGCGUACUUUAGCUAAAAAACAAGGAGUGAAUAGGAUUUAAUUGAUAGAACGGAAAAUGAAUUUAGAUGAAAACGUCACUAGCUGCAUGAGAAAUAGAUCGCGUGAAUGAGCGAAAGAAAUGACGCGGGUCUGAAAAUGACGAUAAAUCGUGCGUGAAUGGUGUUACGUGGAAAAUACGGAAAUGUGACGAAUUAUUUAAUUAUUUAUUUAUUAUCAAGUGUUAAAUGAGAUUUAUCGAAUCUCGAUUGUCUUCGUUGAUGCGUCUGGAAAGAAACGUGUGACUGAGUGAGAGAUUGAUGAGGCUCGACUGUAGGUAGCUGUUAUUUCAUCGAUGUUGAUGUAAAUUGUAAUAGAAGAAUUUUAUGUUCCAAAGCGAAUAUCGUCGAAACCAAUAUGAUUAUUUAGUUGUACGAAAGGUGAUUAAAGGUCAGAAACGAGCAAUCAAUUUUGAAAAAGACAGUUUUGAGCAACUUCCUGUGAUAUAUUUGGAGCGAAAUUAAUUUCUAGUAAAUUCGAAAUACUGAUGCUCUUACUUAUGCUCAAGUUGAAGCGGAUAGAAUCUAGCAACAGCUGCUAAAUAAUAUACCAAGUAAACAUUUUCAGUAUCUUGGAUAAUCUGUAAAGCUAACUUAUAUCAAACAUGAAUCUUCUGAAGAAGAAUAUUGUAUUUUGUGUACAAAUUAUAAAUAUCUAAAAUGCAUAAUCGUGAUCUUGAUGGCUUUUAGAAAAUAGUUUGAGAUAGCAUUUACUAUGUAAAUAAAUCAAGCUAUGUUUAGAGAAAAGAUAUUUAAAUCUACGCAACAACUCUAAUAAAUUAUAUCAAUCAUAGCCAUGUGUGGUUUUACUCUUCUAAACUAUAUAUGUGACUGUAUAUAUCUCUAUGUAAUCAAAUGAGUGUACGGAUACUAAUUCCUAAUUAAUGAAUAACAUGAAAUUGUACGUAAAGAAAUUAUUUUUUAAACUUUUAGACACAAUGAUUUUGAUAAACUUUCGGUUUCGUGUGAAAUAUUUCAAAAUGAAUUCUAAAACGCAGAAUAUCCAAGAUACUAUCAUUGCAUUUUGCCAAUGAGAUUCCACCCGCGAUCCUUUCAAUUAUGCUUUUGUGCGACUAUAUAAUAUAUGAGGAAUUUGAAGUAAGAAAUUCGUUAACCACCAUUGAUUGAACAUAAGCAAAAUUCAGUUUUCUCUGCAUCGCAGAGCAUUGGCUAAAUAAUGGAUAUUUAAGAUAAAAAUGAAAUUGUAAAGUUUGAACCGGCGAGCGGUCGGUGUAUGCAGCUGUUCACAUUAUUUUUUUCACAACGAUUUACGAACCAAACACAAUGUGCGUCAUUCGAGGAACUGUAGAUAUUUUUCAUUAAUGCAGCUAAAAACUGAUGAUUGUGAAGGAUAGGAGGGAGGGGCAGAGAUCAAUUGCGAUGCAAGGCAAUGAUUCUGUUGUUGUAGAUAAGCCGAGACGAUGCGUAGAGAACAUUUUGUGUGAAUAGGUUUUUUCUAAAAACUGGCGGUUCUUUGUAAAAGGAUCGAAUAAUCAUAGUUUCUAUCAAAGUAGCAGCUCAAUGUCUUUUGUAUCAUACCUUUCCUCCGAUGUUUUCUAUGACUAUUAUGUUUUUUGUAAAUAAUGAAG